AUGUCCCGCAACUCUCAUGAACCUCUUGCCGCUCCCUCUCUGCCUUCCCAAGCCGAUAUCCCAAUCACCUACUCGUCGCUCCCCAGCCCUCCCCAGACUCCGGGUGGCCGCGGAACACGCAAAGGCAGCUUCUCCUUUGGGAGUCCCUUUGCGCUUCUGGGUGGGAGCAAGCAUAAGGGCGAAAAGGCGAGGAAGAUGAGCAUUGGAGAAGCGAUUCUUGAGGGGGAAGAGGAUGCAAGUGGGGCGAGGAGGAAAAGACUGCCUUCUGGGGGCAUCGUCCUCAUCAAAGGUCCCUUCUCACAGUCCGAGUAUCUCCCUUUCACCCCGCCCGAGGAUGUACCCUCCCUGCCGCCCCUCCCACCAAACCUUGCACAACUUAAGGCCGCCACCAUCCACAAGAUCCCCUCCUCGUCGCAGCACCGGCGAUCGCUCUCUGGGUUCAGAUCGGCCCAGAUCGGCAAUGCGUUGAACAGCCUUCUUUCUGUCGACCCAUCACCAGAAGCGCUUCUCAGCAAGUCGCUCCCCGAAGAAUGCUCUCUUCUCGCCGCAGCCCCUCUUGACUUCGCCCCACUCACCCUACCCCCCCUUCCAAAUGCUGGGCGCUCCCGCUCAGGAUCACUUGCAGUGCCUGCCGGAUCAACAGCGCACAUGUAUGCGCCUCCACGGGCAAGCAUGGGCGCCCGCCGCCCAUCGGUUGGCACAUCGCCUCCCCCUCGCCCACUUCCACCCCCUCCCCACCUCGGUCUAGGUUCCCUUAGUCGACUCAACAAAAAGCCCCGCCCUCUCUCAAAGAGCAAUCCCAACACACCAGCACACGAGAUCCCAGACCCAUUCUCAGGCGUGUCCCUCAUCCAGACACUCGGGAACGUGCCAAAGCCAACGCCGAAGGGACCUGCGAUCAGGGCAGUAGAACGUGCGGACGCGAGGCUGUCAAUGAGCAGCGAGGCGCCGCGGCUGAGCGGAGAGACGGUGAAGCUGAGUAUGGAAAGCCCGCUGGCCAGGCUGCCGAGUAUUAUUCUCAAAGAGGUUGAACCAUUGCGCAUCUCACCCAGGACGUCGCCCCAAACUGGGCUGUUUGACUUGCCACCCCGAAAGGAUCUGAAGAUAACCGAACUGCCUCUGAAGACGUUGGCACCUGUACUCAAGGCUGAAGCGAAACCUAAGAGUAACCUGCCCGAUCGUCCCAGUACAUCGCCCAGUGUCAGCCAGUCUCCACCUAUAACAGAAAAGGAGAAGAAGAUUCGAUCUGUGCUCGGGUUAACCUUUCCCCAUCCCCCGACUCCACUUCUGUCGUACGCAACUGCGAAUUCUGGAUUGAGGAAGGAAGGCGCGAAUCCUCCGGCUUGCAAGGCAAAAGACCUUAACGACGACUCUCCUAUCAUUGUUCCAGAUCUUCCAAAGACUCCUCCCAUGCAGCAACGUGUUAACCACAGCCCUCGCAGCUCACCAGAGCGCACCGUCAAACCCAAGCGGAGCUUGAUUCUUUCCCGUGUAGAUUCCUGGAAGCAGCACAAGCGCAAGCGGAGUCAAAGCAUCGCAGGAUCACCAACAACCAGCUGGCCUGCAACCGGAGAUGCGCCGGCAUUACCUCCUCUUCCAGUUUCGCCCAACAAGGACAAGGACAGGUAUGAUCGACAAUGGGAGGCUCCCAUCUCGCCGAUCUCGCCGACACUUUCACCGCGUGCAUAUGCGCUUGCACACGCCCAAGCGCAUAACGAGGCUCAAGCCCAGGCAAUGCGAGCCCUCGGAGGUCCUUCACCGACUCCCAUGAGCAGUCCUGCCGCCAAAAUGACCACCAGUUCGUCUAUGCGGGUGGGCGAGCUGGAGGAGGAGAACAAGCUCCUCCGUGAGGCUCUCAAGGCACAUCGUGAGAAGUUGCAUGUCGCUCUCCGGCAGAGCACGGAUCGUGCGCCUCACUCUAACACACAUUCGUCCGGCCCCACUCAGUUGCUGCAACCGGCACAUAUCAUAGAGGGACCACCUCCUGUCCCUUUACCUCCUACCCCAGCCUCGCCCAUGAACAUGCUCGCCGUGCCUGCAAGUCCCAGUCGUCACCACGAGCACCACUAUCCGAUGGUUCGUUCGACCGGAUCAAGUGCUUCGAUCGCCUCUCUCGUGACAGCCUCGUCCACCUCUUCUUUCUCCAAUUCUCGCGCUGAAACACCUUUGACAUCGUCCCGGCGCGAAACCGGAACCCUGUUUGCGGAGAUCGCCUCCCUCCAGACCCAGCUUGCUCAGGCACAAGGAGAGAUCGAAGUUUACAAGCUGCUUACUACAAACACCUCACACACAAGGUCGCCCGGUGAUGACCUUAAGAAUGCAAUGAAGAAAUGUCGCAGUGAGCCCAUGCUUCUUGGGACGGUGGGCCUGGGAAUCGAGGGUUUCGAUGGUGAAUCUGCUGACGACGCGGAAGUACGGAACUGA